GGACGCAGGUUUGCACCGACUGGCUGCCUUGUGUUAGUCUCCACGUCCACCCCUCUUUUACGUCAGGAAGGGAAGCCAGUGUAUUUCCUCCCCUUCUUUAUCUAAAGGAAGUGCCAAAAUAAGCAUCGGCAGCGCAGCGCCCAGGCUCGGACACCUUCACACCGGACACUCCGCUCCAGUCUGUGGGAGAAGUUAGAGGCGUUAGAGUCACCAUGAAGUCCAUCAGGGUCGUCGUGCUGCUCCUGCUAGCAUCCGUCCACGUCUCCACUCCAGUUUCACCAGAUGACUCAGCUACUGGAGCUCCAGAAGUCAAACAACCAACAACACAACCAGCGAAGUCACCUACACAAGCAGAAACCCAGGAAGCAGCAGCCCCAAGCACAGCUACACCACCAGCACCAGCAGCACCAACACCAGUCCAUGUUACUCCUCCUGUUCCUCACGAUGCUGAUAACACAACUCUGGCCAAAACAACUAAGCCGUCAGUCCCGACCGUGAAGCCGACUGCACCUGCAUUGAUACCUACAGACCGGCAGAUGGUCACCACCACACCCUCAGCUGUCACCCAACCAGCCAAUGAAACCACAAAGAGUGGUCCUUUGGUACCACGAGGUCGUCAGCCUUCAAACACAGGAAACAGCUCUGAGACCGUAAACGAGUCAAGUGACACUAGAGGACCUGAUGAAAGCACUGAAAAACCCAAACAAGGUACACCUUCUGUUGCCUCAGUACCACAUCAGACCGUUCCACCUCCGGGAGCGACACAACAAGACAGUGCUGGUUCCAUGACGGGCAGUGAUGAGAAAAAACCUCCCAAAUCAGACAAAAGGCUGUGGUGGAUUGUGUUGCCUGUCCUCCUGGUUAUAGCUGCUGCCAUCAUCGUGCUCAAAUUCAAAUGCAAGAAAGUCCACGAUCACACAGAAACCAUCGACACUGGAACUGAGAAUGCAUCUUUCCAGAGCCGACCAGAAAGCACCAAAGAUGGCGUCAUGCUGCUGGGAGUGAAGUCAUCAGGCGGAGAGGAAAACGCUGCUGCGAGAUAAAAACGAAGAGCAGCAACAUCAAGGUCGGCAAGUGGAUGAAGCACGGUGAUGUUCUGAAGGACGAUAGGAGUUUGUUUGUUUUUUUUAAUAUUAUUUUUGAUUUUGUGAAAUAUUUCGUGGAACAGAAAAGUGUUUUCUCACUACUGGAAGCAGUUUAAGGAAGUGUCUGACUGUGAUCAUAAAUCUUAGAAUAAGCAAACUUCAACUCAAAGGGCUGCAGAGCUCUUAGUUCAGGCUGAUGAUGAUUUAUUGUCUGUACAGUCUUGUUUUGUUUCCAUAUUGGGCCACAAACUUGUGUUCUGUACCGUGCACUGACCUCAGAUCCAUCACAUAAAUCACUGCUCAUUUCACAGCUCUAUUAUCGCCCUUUUGGUUUUUUCAUUUAUUUGUUGUAGAUUGGCACAGUUUCUGAUUUUUAUUCAGUUUCACCACCAACAAAAAACCCUCUUUCAGAUUUCAACCAGGUUGCUUUUUAUAUCUGUGCAUUCACCAGGGAUUUUGUUGUGCAAAAAUAACUUUUUUUAAAAUUAAAUAUAACAUUCAAGCACAGGUAAGAGGUAACGCAGAUGCAGAGGAUUGUAUGUAAAGGACUGCUUUGUGCUUCGUGGCUGGAAUUUGUUGCUGUCAACCUCAAUUUCCUCAAUAAAUCACUAGAAAAGUG